AUGGCGGCGCUCGCCAGCUCCCUGAUCCGCCAACGGAGGGAGGUCAAGGACCCUCAGGCGAACCGGCAGGUCACCAACAAGCGCAAGCCCUGCCCCAAGAGCAACAAGUCGCUGUGCCAGAAACAGAUCCUCAUCCUCAUCUCCAAGGUCCGCCUCUGCUCGGCCAGGGGCCGGAGGCUGGAGAAGAGACCGGAGCCCCAGCUGAAGGGCAUCGUCACUCGCCUUCACUGCCGGCACGGCUUCUACCUGCAGAUGCUGCCGGACGGCACCCUGGACGGCACCAAGGACGAAAACAGCUCCUUCCUGCAGUUCAACCUGAUCCCAGUGGGACUGCGCAUCGUGGCCAUCCAGAGCACGAAGACCAGCCUGUACAUCGCCAUGAACAGCGACGGCUAUCUCUACACCUCCGAACAUUUCACUCCAGAGUGUAAGUUCAAGGAGUGCGUGUUCGAGAACUACUACGUCACGUACUCCUCGAUCCUGUACCGACAGACCCAGUCCGGCCGGGCCUGGUACAUUGGGAUCAACCGGGACGGGCAGGUCAUGAAGGGAAACCGGGUCAAAAAGACCAAAGGGGCGGCCCACUUUCUGCCCAAACUCAUCGAAGUGGCCAUGUACAGAGAGCCCUCAUUGCAUGACGUCGCCACGCAGAGCCCCCCCAGGAAAACAGCCAAGACCUCCGACUCGCCCAACCUGCAGAACACCAAGAAAGAUAAGAAAGACCUGAAACCGGAUGCCUCCUAG